AUGAACAAUUUCAUAAGAAAAAGAAUGCAGAACGAGAAUCCCAUGGAGGUGAGGGCUGGGGCUCAGGUUCAGGAGGCAGUAGUGGAAAGGAGCCCCCUAAAAUAUGACAAGGAAAAAACAAGACAGCGAAGGAAGGACACCCCAAAACAGAAAAACCAACGCAAAUCGAGGUAUAACACUAAAACAAGAAAAUUAGAGCAUCACUUUCUUUCCACGGCUCACAGGCAACUAAAAAAUAUCCCCACCCCUAACAGAGGAGAAACAACAGUGGAGCCAGAUACAUACAAAAUUAAAGCUAAAGGAGUCAAGAACAACUAUCUCACUCAAAAUUCUCAUCACCGAGAAUCCCAAGAUUAUACUGUGAAAAGUAGGACCAGAAUAAAAAGAACCGUAAAGCGACUGACCUUAAGUCCCAUACGCGGAGAUUUUGAUGAUCACCA